UGAAAAAUUACUUUAACGUAUUUGAGCAGUUUCUAUCCUUCAAAGUAGCAUUAUUUAAUAAAUUCUCAAUCUAAACUCAUCUUCAUCUAAUUAAAAUGAUGAAGUAAGUCACAAUAAGAUAUUUUACUUAUCACACGCGAUAAAAAUGACUCCACAACUUCUCGGUCGCUUACUAAAGAUAGAAAAACGAUUUGCCGAUUUGGAAAAUCAUCCAUCAAAACCUUUAACGAAUUAUUCGAUAGAAAACAGCAACAUUUCAAUUAAAUAUCUCAAAAAUAUCUUUCUUAUUUUCUACGAAAUUGGAAUAUUUGGUGAGAGUGAGGCUGCAAAAAAUCCACCUGAAAAUAUUCGCACAAAAGUGCUGCAAUCAAGAAGUAACAUUAUUGAAUUUAUCACGAAGCACAUUGACUGGUUUGCAAACUUUAUACCAGCAUACGCGAGGAAAGAAAUUGAUUUUACUGAUUUGUCAUCAAAAGAGGCUGUUUAUAGAGUCCGAUCAGGUAUCGCAUUCCUAUUAAACGAAUUUCAAGAAAUCAGCACAGAAUUUGAUACAACUUUAGAGGAACUGAGAGAAUUGAGCUCAGUUGACGACGAAUUUGAUUCCAUUUUAAAUCAUUGGAUUGAAUCUGGUCUUCAUUAUCCAUUAAAGGAAGUUGACAUUCCAAAGAAUUUACCUAAAACUCACUGGUGGUGGAACAAAGCCUUAUUCAAUUAAAAUAUGGAGAUCGACAAGGAGAAGUGGAUUACUGUUGCUCAUGAAAAUAUAGCACGUUAUAUGGAUAGAGGUGGAGAUGAUCAAGGUGAUAUUCCUGAACUUCUUGAAGGAACUCAACUUCUUAAUACUAUUGGAAUUGCUUUAAAUGUUAACUUUAGUGAUCCAUCAAGUUGGACUGAGGAAGAAUUGGAAGAAGCAGAAGAUGGACAUUUGUGCUUUUUUAAAGAUGAUUCAAGGAAGGCAAUUGACAUAAUUGUUGAAAAAAUAAUAGAAGAAUGUAGAGGAAAUGAACGGAACUACAUAACUGUCUUGCCAAUUCAACUAUAUUCUGAAGGCAGGCUUUACUCUCUUGCCUUGUUUCGAUUUAAAGCUCGUGUUGAGAAGAGAUGGAAAUUUGUUGAUAAUGUCGGUAGAGUUUAUAAAACUUUUGAGGAUUGGAAAGAGAACAAUGUAUUGCCACCGGGUAAAGUUCUUUAUCCUCUUGAUGGACAUCUGCAAAAGAAUAGCAACGGUUUUGUACAGACAAGAUGUAAAAGUACACCUUUUGGAUCUAACACAUCAAAAUUUAUGAAAACUGCUGACAUAGGCACGGGAAUAAUUGGAAUUGCUGGUGCUGUCGGAACUUUAUUUUUAUCAGGCGGUUUGGCACUUCCAUUUGUUCUUGCUGGUGUUGGAAGUGCUGUUUACACAACAGCAAGAUCAGGUUAUCAUCUUGUUGAUAGAGCACUCCAUGGACAGUCAUUAAGUCCUCUUGAAAGCCACGAGACAUUUAGUUUAUGGCUUGGAAUUUCAGCAAAUGUUAUAUCAUUUGGAUCCAUGGGUGCAACUGUUCGUCUUUCGUCCUUAGCAUUUCAGGGAAAAAAUAUUUCACAAGGUUUUAAGCUCCUAGUCAACGUGAUUAAUGGGACGAGCUUAACAGUAAAUUCCGUUGCCGUCGCAAAUUCUCUCGCUUACAUGGCAAUUCAUUUUGAUGAAAUGACGCCAGUUGAUGUGUUAAUGCAAGUAGCUAGCGUAGCAUUUUGGGCUAAAUCAGUAUUUUCUUACAAGCCAGCUGCAAAGAUGGUGAGAGAGAUUCACAAUCAAGUAUUAAAUGGGUAUUCAACUGCUCUUGGAAAGACUGGGGCAGAUGAUUUUAAUAAAUUUCGUCAAAAGUUUAAUAAUGAUAAGCAGCUUGUGAAAUUCUAUUUUCGUUAUUUGAAGCAAGGACUCGAUCCGGCACAAGUGUCUGAUGUUUUAGUAGAAAUCUAUCAAAUGGGUGCAGCUGCGAAAUUUUUCUCGGUAGAUGCAGGACAAAUGAGUAUAUGCAUUAAUGGACACACAUUCACUAUGGAAUUUCUAAUGUGCAUCAAGUCAUGGCAUCGUCAAAUUGUCUUUACGAUUCUUGCAUCUCUAAAGGAUGAAGAAACUGAAGUUUUUAAUAAGCUUAGAAGUCAAAUCCAAGAUGAUGUUGCACUUUUUUAUUUAAUUUGUGAUGUGAGUAAGGAAUACAAUCUAAAAGCAGAGGAUACGACACGGGGACUUGUUAAAUUUUAUAUGUCAAUCGAAGAACUUAAUCUAAAGCACAAAAAUCCACUUACAAUUAAAAUCAAUAAAGAUGGCUCAAUUACACUUGGAAAUGGACAUACCUUCAUUCUUGAUGAAAUUGUGAAAUUUUCCAAUAAUGAUGACAUACUUGAUGUCAUCAACAAACUUUUGGUACUUAAUCGUGAAGAUGCUAUAAGAUUUAAUCAUAUUCGAUUAGUCUUUGAUGAUGACUAUGACUUAUUCAAAUGGAUUGCUGAUGGAGAAAAGAUGAAUGUCGGAAAUGUUAUUGAAGCAUUAUUAGAAUUGAAGUCUAAUGAGUUGGAAGAUCUUGAUGUCUUUAAUCUAGCUACAUUAGAGAAAAACUCAAGCGAUAAAUGUGGAAUUUUGAUAAUCAAUAAUAUAAAGAUGAGUGUCUUCUUCCUUGCUCAAAUGGAACCGAAAUUACUGAACGAGACCAUUUUAAUGGCACGGUACGUCGAAGAAGAUGAAGACAUUUUGAAAGGAUUUCAUGAAAGAGUCGGUUAUUACAGAAUCACAAGUGAAUUCGAUCGCAAAAAGGCAAGAGAAUGGUUUGAGAUGCUUACAAAAAAAUCUUCUCGAUUAACAGCAAGAUAUGGUCAGUAUCGUCCUCAUGAAUUAUCACAUCUUCAUCGCAUGAAAUCAAUUUUAUAUCGUUAUGGAAAUGAUAUGCAACAAGCUAUUAUUGAUUUUGUAUUCACUCUCAACCCUAAGAAUGUUCUUGAAUUUUUAAACUGCUGUCAUUUCAUAUUCACAUGGACGAGUAAUACUAUGGAGAAAUAUUCUGUUGAACUGUAUAGGAAUGACAAGACUAGAAAAGAAACAACUAUUAGAGCAUGGAGAGAGCAAAAAACCCUCAACGAGUUUAGAUCCAACAUCAGAUCCAUUAGACUAGAUUUUGCAAAGCUCAAAAUCAUUUCCACUCGAAACAGAAUGUUUGAUGAAAAGCCAUUAGUUGUUGAACAAAAUCUCUCGGAUAAAGACUUGGUAAAUGCAAUCAUAUCCAAACUAAAGAGCAAUGAGUCGAUAAAAUUCAGAUCAGACACAAGAGCAAUCGCACAAAUGUACAAGCGUUCAAAGUUUGAGAUGAGGAAAUUUGUUGAACGAGCUAAUGCUGUUAUAAAAUAUGAAAUGCCAAGAGCAAAGGCGACUGUAUGGCGAGGACAAGAAGGAGUUGCACGAUUCGUUGAGUUUGUUGAUAGCACUGGUAAAGUGGAGCUUAUUGAGAAAUUUGGUGAAUUGUAUUUGAAUUUCUUUAUAGAAUAUGACAAUAGAUAGGAUCAAGCACAUUUGCAUGAUUUAUUUUGUAAAGUAAUCACAUUAUUUUUGUAGAUAAAAUCAAGCAUGAAAAAUUAUCAAAAAUGAACAUUCUAUAUAAACCCA